AUGUGGCAGGAGGAGCGGACCAUGCGGGACCGCACACUCUUAGAGGUUAGAGAUUCAGACCAUCGCAUCACCUGGAAAGUCCGUUUCAACCUGGGCAACAGCAGCAGACCGAUCACUCAGUGCAGAAACUCCAUCCAGGGCAGGACGUUGCUCACAGACGAACUCGGUUAUGUCUGCGAGAGAAAAGACUUGCUGGUUAACGGCUGCUGUAAUGUCAAUGCUCCCAGCAGCAGACAGUACAUUUGUAAAAGCUGCCUAGCUAAUGGCUGCUGUAGCAUCUAUGAGUAUUGCGUGUCUUGCUGCCUCCAGCCUGAUAAGCAACCUCUCCUUGAACGCUUCCUGAAUCGCGCAGCUGAAGGUUUCCAGAAUCUAUUCACUGCUGUGGAGGAUCAUUUUGAGCUGUGCCUGGCAAAGUGUAGGACCUCUUCACAAAGUGUUCAACAUGAGAACACCUACCGAAACCCUCAAGCAAAGUACUGCUACGGAGAGAGUCCCCCAGAGCUCCUUCCUGUAUGA